UGGUGACCAGAGUUCGCCCCAAAAGCUAUCUACUGAUCCGCCGAUUGAUAGUCACGUGAAGAGUGCCAAUGAGUCGAUGGUCAGCGACAGCGGCAGCGAGAAGGAGAACAGUUCCCCCAAACCGGUGCUUAAAGACACUGAUAAAGACGUGGACUCUAUCGGUAGCGACGGAUCGGUGACGUCGGAUAGCGCUGAAGAGCGCCCACCCGUUGCCGCCAAAGAGCGUACCGUUAGUAUCGACGGUGGGAUAAAAGUGUUGGCAGACAGGCCUGUGGUUACGGCCAAAGCCACCAUCAAGUCCUCAGUGUCCACACCGACACUCAAUACGAUCACCACUAGCUGUCCGUCAAAGCCGUUAAAUCCGUUGGCGCAGACAUUCAAAUCGCGAUUACAUCCAAUGGCGCCGUCGAGUACUACCAUAUCAUCGCAUCCGCAGCCGAAACAGCAGCUGAAAAGUGUGUCAUCGGCCACACUAUCGCCGGCGGUGGCGGCCAUUACUACCAUCACUACUACUACAGCACCGGCAGCUCAGACAAAGCCAGGACAGGCUCUUAACGGUGCCGCUACUGCUCCCACAGUUUCUAACAAAAGGUCUGUGGCCUCGGCUUCGCCA